AGUGAUACUUAGAGUAUUAGAGCGAUGCUUUUAUGUCCCAAAUACUAGCAUAAGCCAGGUUCUGUCUUCCAAGCCCAGGCCACUAAUAGCACACAUACACAUCGUUACCCAGUUGUUUAAGUUUUAUUAAACCACCCUGGUCAAAGGAGAAACAAAAUUAUUUCCCCUUUAAGAAGCUGCUCUUUGCACAGAACAGCUGGGAGGUUUUUUCAGGAGGGGUAUAAAAUUAGUCAGUGGAAACACUAGUAAGAUGGUGUUUUUGCUUGUGGUUAGUUAGUUGGUUUGGGGGUUUUUUGGGCCAUGAGGGAGUGCAUUUCAAUCCAUAUUGGCCAGGCUGGAGUCCAGAUGGGCAACGCCUGCUGGGAAUUAUAUUGUCUAGAACAUGGGCUCCAACCAAAUGGUAUCAUUUCGGAAACAGCUGAACAAACUGACUCUUCUUUUGGGACCUUCUUCAGUGAAACUGGAGCUGGGAAGUAUGUGCCCAGGGCAGUGUUCAUAGACCUGGAACCCACGGUCAUAGGUGAGAUCAGAACUGGCACCUAUCGCUCCUUGUUCCAUCCAGAGCAGCUCAUCACCGGAAAGGAGGAUGCAGCCAACAACUAUGCUCGGGGUCACUACACUGUUGGAAAGCAAAUAAUAGAUGUGGUCCUAGACAAGACGCGUAAGCUAACUGACCAGUGCAGUGGCCUGCAAGGAUUCCUGGUCUUCCACAGCUUCGGAGGAGGCACGGGGUCUGGAUUCACUUCACUUUUGAUGCAGAACCUCUCUGUAGACUAUGGGAAGAAGUCCAAGCUGGAGUUCUCGGUGUACCCAGCCCCAGGGAUUUCGACGGCAGUGGUGGAGCCCUACAACUCCAUCCUGACCACCCACACCACGCUGGAGCACUCGGACUGCUCGUUCAUGGUGGACAACGAAGCCAUCUACGACAUCUGCAACCGGAACCUGAAUAUCGAGCGUCCCACCUACACCAACCUGAACAGGCUGAUAGGGCAGAUCGUGUCGUCCAUCACCGCUUCCCUGCGGUUUGAUGGGGCCUUGAACGUCGACCUUACAGAAUUCCAGACUAACUUGGUGCCCUACCCCAGGAUACACUUCCCCCUCACCACCUACGCACCCAUCAUCUCAGCGGAGAAGGCCUACCACGAGCAGCUGUCAGUGCCCGAGAUCACCAACGCUUGCUUUGAGUUUGCCAACCAGAUGGUGAAAUGCGACCCUCGCCGAGGCAAGUACAUGGCUUGCUGCCUGCUGUACCGGGGGGACGUGGUGCCCAAGGAUGUGAAUGCCACUAUUGCAGCCAUCAAAACCAGGAAGUCAAUCCAGUUUGUGGACUGGUGCCCAACUGGGUUUAAGGUGGGCAUCAACUACCAGCCCCCCACUAUGGUACCUGGGGGAGACCUGGCCAAAGUGCAGCGGGCAGUCUGCAUGCUGAGCAACACCACGGCCAUUGCCGAGGCGUGGGCCCGGCUAGAUCACAAGUUUGACCUGAUGUAUGCAAAGCGGGCCUUCGUGCACUGGUAUGUUGGGGAGGGGAUGGAGGAGGGUGAGUUCUCUGAAGCCAGGGAGGACAUGGCCGCUUUGGAGAAGGAUUAUGAAGAGGUUGGUCGGGAUUCUCUAGAGGAGUAUGAGGAAGAGGAUGAAUUUUGAACAACGCUCCUUCUAGGUAUAGAAACAUGGGUAGAGAUCUACAAGGCAAGGCUGUCACCCCCAGGGCCUAAGCAGCACUAAACAAUAGGCCUGUUAUGGUCAGCGUGAAACGAAAUCGUGUAUAGAGUCUCGUGUUGGGUUCAGAGACUUACUGUCUCGAGUGUUUAAUGUUACAAAUAAAACUUUGAAUAGC